AUGGCAGGGUAUAAGUCUCGGUUGGCAUCAUUCGGCAUCAUCUGGCCUGAUAUGUGCGGUCAGUCUCCGGCAGAAUUAUCUCGAGCUGGCUUUUUCUCUUGUGACGACCCCUGGACUCUCCACGCUCGGUACUACCCACGCUGUGUAUACUUAAACUUGAAGAAAGAUCGUGCCUUCAUUAAAAAUGCGGUUCCUUUCUCGCCUCCUCAACCGACAGUGGCAGUCGAUGAAACAUUGAUAAAUGCGCUCCUGCACGGUCUCGAUUAUUACAAUGGACUCGCCGCUACUGUAGGAUUUCCUUACAUCGCCCUGCGAGGUGCACUAAGAGAAUACCUCAAGAUUAAAAAGGAUGUAUUACCUCUCCUUAGCGAAUCUAACUGUGUAGAGGUUAUGUUGUGGUUUUUAGAUGGCGUGGGUGAAAGUGAGGACACAGGUGCAGUAACUGAAUCUCCCUUAGAAGUAUUAUCAUCCCAAGGUGUUAUUUUCCCCCGCCCAGUUCCCCCUGUAGUGGAGGUAGAUGAAGGAGAGGAAGAGAAUGCAGUGCAUGGUGCAGCUAGGUUUUAUUGUAAGAUAUGUUUCACUCAAGAAAUAAACACGGUUCUCAUUCCGUGUAGGCAUAUGGUUGUAUGUUUGGAUUGUGUAACACGAUGUGAUAAAUGUCCUGUAUGUCGUGGAGAUAUAGCACAUCUACUUCUUCCAAUCAUCUCUUAA